AUAGAGGAGAACUAGGUGUCACAGAGGCACGUGUGUCAACGUGUUUAUUUGCACUGGCCAAAAAAGCUGAGGUUUCCCUGGUGGACUCUGCCUGCAUGUUUAUUUGCACUGGACAAAGAAGCUGGGGUUUUCCUGGUGAACUCUUGCCAGUCGCAGUAGCAGGACUCCCAGAAGACCUUUCCCGCAGCAGUCACUGACGGGGCGUGUCUUGUGCUAAAGUUACACAAGCGCUUUUCUUUUCAGGUCCCCACUUCCUGAAACCAAAGCUGUUGAAGAGAAACGCUGUGUUUCCAGGAAGGUCGUACCGGAAGUAAGGAUCUUCAGAAUCAGAGUGCUGGUCCUAAGUCUUUCUCCCCUUCUCUGGGAUAAAAGUACCUCAGCCUUCAAGGGCCUUCUUUAUUGAGAAUCAAUGCCUCUCCUAGGUAAUUGAUCACCGUAGACCCAGGGACACUCAAUUCAUCCUGGACGGUGGGUAAUCAUCAUGAAUAAUCAAGACGCUGUGGCUUCGAUACUGCACGAGUGCAAGCAAGUGCUGGAUCGUCUCUUGUUGGAAACGCCAGAUGUGUCUAUGGAGGACAAGAGUGAGGACCAGCGGUGCAGAGCUUCACUCCCCAGCGAGUUAAGGGCCCUGAUCCAGGAGGCAAAGGAAAUGAAGUGGCCCUUCGUGCCUGAGAAGUGGCAGUACAAACAAGCCAUGUGCCCAGAGGACAAAACAAACCUGCAAGAUGUGAUCGGCGCCGGGCUGCAGCAGUUGCUGGCGGCCUUGCGAGCCUCCAUCCUGGUCCAGGACUGCGCUGCCGCCGCCGCUAUUGUCUUCUUGAUGGACCGGUUCCUGUACGGACUCGACGUCUCGGGAAAACUCCUGCAGGUCGCCAAAGGCCUGCACAAGUUGCAGCCCACGACGCCCAUCGCCCCGCAGGUGGUCAUCCGCCAAGCCCGGAUUUCAGUCAACUCAGGGAAACUGCUGAAGGCAGAGUACAUCCUGAGCAGCCUAAUAAGCAACAAUGGAGCAACUGGCACCUGGCUGUAUAGGAAUGAGAGUGAUAAGGUCCUGGUGCAGUCGGUCUGUAUACAGAUCAGAGGGCAAAUUCUGCAAAAGCUAGGCAUGUGGUAUGAAGCGGCAGAAUUGAUAUGGGCCUCGGUCAUCGGAUAUUUGACACUCCCUCAGCCAGAUAAGAAGGGCAUUUCCACAUCACUUGGUAUACUGGCAGACAUCUUUGUUUCCAUGAGCAAAACAGAUUAUGAAAAGUUUAAGAACAGCCCACAAGUUAACUUGGCCUUGCUCAAGGAGUUUGACCACCGUUUGUUGUCAGCCGCAGAAGCCUGCAAACUGGCAGCUGCCUUUAGUGCCUACACACCCCUGUUUGUGCUCACGGCUGUGAAUAUCCGUGGCACGUGUCUCUUGUCAUAUAGUUGUUCUGCAGACUGUCCUCCAGGACAGAAAAGUCUGUAUCUGUGUGAGGCCAAAGAGGCUUUUGAGAUUGGCCUCCUGACCAAAAGAGAUGGCAAGCUGGUUAGUGGAAAGCAGGAACUACAUAGUUUCAUCAAAGCCGCUUUUGGCCUCACCACCGUGCACAGCAGACUCCACGGGGAGACGGACGCAGUUCGUGCAGCAAGGCAGCUAUGCAGUGAAGCUACGGAGAAGCUGUACACCUUCAGCACUCCCUCCACACGCCAGGACAGAGAAGCUCUAGCUCAGGAAAUCAUGUCUCUGGUCAGCCAGGUGAAGGAACAUCUACACGUUCAAAGCUUUCCAAACUUGGAUGAUAGGUCUUUUGUCCCAGAGAGUUUCCAAUGUGGCUUGGAUAAGCCUAUCUUGCAUGGGCACGUGGAUUUCCAACAAAUUCUUCAAACCUAUUCCCAGCACCAUACCUCAGUGUGUGAGGUGUUUGAAAGCACUUGUGGGAACAGCAGAAGCAACCAGAGACACAUGAAACCGGAGGUCUGUAUCACCGCUCUGAAAACAGAAACAAACACCAUGGAUACUGCAGGCGCUACUUUAGAUAAACUGUGCUCUCAAGACAGCAAGGGUACAGCUUCCUCCCAGGUGGCUAAGGAAGAUCAGGAGAGGCUCGAAAGAGCAAGAAGGAGAAGCUGGACCCAUUCCGAGGCUUUUCGAGUCUCCCUGGAUCAAGAUGGGGAGACUGAGACAGAGCCACCAAGCCACAGCAGUGGCAGGGCAAGUGUUUCCAUGUCUCUGAGCGACAGCCGCAGUUCCAGUUCUUGGAGCAAGCUGUCAGGGCUCAGCUCUUCUGCAAGUUGGGAGGAAGUGAACUGCAGUGUGGAGGAUAUAGUGAGGAAGGAAUCUAGCCAAGAAGAACAUCUGGUGGACACUCAGUGCUCCACGGCUGUGUCUGAGGAGCCCAAGGGGAGCAGAAGCUGCAGAGCUACAGAUUUGUUGCUUUCAAAGCUCCGUGGUGUCUCUCUUCAGACAACUGAAGAUGGCGACUUAGAGUCCUCACAAAGUCAGCUGCACAAACUCAAGACGGUAAUGCCUGUCUUUCCACUCAACACAGCAGACACCUGCUUGGCCUCGGGAGCUAGGCUGUUACAAGGCCCUGAAGGAAUCCAGGAGGUCAGCAAUAAAGGACCUAGGAAUGCUUCUCUUCAACGCAGUCCUUCAGGUGGUUCUGCUUCCGGGUCCUUGUCUAGUUCUGGCAAGUUCACGGACAUGGCCGCAUAUACUUCCAUUCAAGAAGAAGAAAGCUGUGAAAUAACUGGUGAUUUUCCAGAACCCAAGGAUGACUUUAAAGAUGGGCAUGGAGGAAAGAAUGGGAAAAAAUUCACUGAAAGAUGCAUGGGAGGGCCUGCAUUUACAUAUGGCCCCUCUGAGGUCGACCCGGAAGAAGAAACAGCAGAAAGCACAGAAGAUAGGCCAUCACACUCUUGGGUAGUCCUGGGGCAUUUAGAAAGCAAUCAUUCACUGUUGACAUAUAGGACUUUCUCCCCUCACCAGUCUGUUCAAAAUGUUGAUUCAACAAAGACGGGCAGUUCAGUGGAAGACCAGGGUGUCAACCCUGAUGCCUCUACGGUGGAUGAGGAGGGCCAAAUGCUUGACAGCACAGAGGUCUACUCCAUUGGCCAAGAUGGUGCUCACAGACCAGGUGACCUAAGGUCCAGUCAGAGGGAUGAGAGACCCAAUUCCUCUGGGAAGGGCCACAGUCCCUUUCCUGUCCUUGGCGAAGACCUCAGCACAACAGAAGAAAAAAAAGAACUUGAAAGCAUGCUAAAGUGCAGCCAGAACUCGAGUUCAGGCUCACAGUGGUGGCAGAAAUCACUCGCCUUUUCCAGCAGCAGUUCCUUGGAGGGGGAAAGCUCCUGGUCUCUUCUGAACUCCAGCGGAAGUUCCUUCAUCUCAUUGCCAGGACAGAGCAGGCAAGAAUUCCUUGAGGCUUGCACGCUACAGCCUGACGACCUGGAAAAACUGCUGGCAGGCGUGAGGCAUGACUGGCUGCUUCAGAGACUGGAAAAUACAGGAGUUUUGAAGUCAAAUCAACACCAACAAGCACACAAUGCCCUUCUGCUAAAAUAUUCCAAAAAGUCUGAGUUGUGGACAGCGCAGGAAACUGUGGUGUAUUUGGGAGACUACCUGAAAGUGAAGAAGAAAGGCAAGCAGAGAAAUGCAUUUUGGGUCCACUAUCUUCAUCAAGAAGAAACUCUGGGGAGAUACGUUGGAAAAGAAUACAAGGAACGGAAGGGGCUCCGGCACCACUUCACCGACGUGGAGCGGCAGAUGACAGCGCAGCACUAUGUGGCGGAAUUUAACAAGAGACUCUACGAACAAAAUAUUCCAACGCAGAUAUUCUACAUUCCAUCUACAGUUUUGCUGAUUUUGGAAGACAAGACUAUAAAGGGAUGCAUCAGUGUAGAACCUUACAUGCUGGGAGAAUUCGUCAAGCUAUCAAAUAACACAAAAGUAGUCAAAAGCGAGUACAAAGCUACAGAGUACGGCUUGGCUUAUGGCCAUUUUUCUUAUGAGUUUUCCAAGCAUAAAGAUGUUGUGGUUGAUUUACAAGGUUGGGUGACUGGUAAUGGAAAAGGCCUCAUCUAUCUCACAGACCCUCAGAUUCACUCUGUUGAUCAGAAAGACGUCACUACAAACUUUGGAAAGCGAGGGAUAUCUUAUUUCUUUAAUAACCAACAUGCAAGCUGCAAUGAAAUAUGCCAUCGUCUUUCUCUGACUAGACCUUCACUAGAGAAAAUGAGUAAUAUGUAGGCAGUGGGAAUGCAGAGCAUGGCAUGGACUGAUAUAAUGAUUGUUUGGGCUAUCACAUGGUUUCAGCCAUUGACUUAUGAGAGGAAUUGAAAGGUGUCGAUUUCCUGUCUAUGCUUGCUUGCCAGGACAAGAUCCUGCAGACCUUGUUCCUUGUCCUAGGUUUCACAGCUGUAUAGAAUGUUGGAGGUCACAGGUUGUAUGGUGAGGACAACAUGGAAAAAAGCUCCAACAAACCCAGAAUGGAUGCAAAACUCAUCUGAAAGUAAAUGUCUGU